CGGAACGUAAUUCCUGCCGCGCGCGGUCGUUUCCAGGAAGUCGACGUGGAGGUGUGUGUUUUGGUUGUGUUUUGGUCUUCUUUCCUUUACAAUGUCCGAAAACAAGGUGGAAAUGUCGGCCGAGAUUGUCCAGAACGCAAAUGUACAACCGCAACAAAACAACCCGCUGUCCAGGAAGCUGAAUAAGAUCCUGGAGACACGGCUGGACAAUGACAAGGAGAUGCUGGAGGCGUUGAAAGCGCUGUCUGUCUUUUUCACGGAGAACAGUUUACGCACAAGGAGAAACCUCAGGGGGGACAUCGAAAGGCGAAGCCUGUCCAUCAACGAAGAGUUUGCAAGGAUAUUUAAAGAUGUCAAAGAGGAGCUGGAGAGUGUUAAUGAGGACGUCCACGCGAUGAGCACCUGUUGUGAAGAGAUGACCAGCAGGCUCAAGGCAGCUAAAGAGCAGACCCAGGACCUGAUAGUAAAGACAAACAAACUCCAGGGGGAAAACCAUCGUCUGGAGGUGAGGGCGCAGGUGGCCCAGGCCUUCCUGACCAAGUUCCAGCUGAGCGGGCAGGAGAUGGCUGCCCUGCGUGGGGCCAGGGACAGCCCCAUCACAGAGGAGUUCUUCCGAGCUCUGACCCGUGUGAAGCAGAUCCACGAGGACGUCAAGGUUCUAUUGAGGACCAAUCAGCAAACUGCAGGGCUGGAGAUCAUGGAGCAGAUGGCAGUGUUACAGGAGACGUCCUACGAGCAGCUCUACCGCUGGGCACAGAAUGAGUGCAGAGGGCUGACUCAGGAGAGCUGUGACAUCAGUCCUGUACUAAGCCAGGCCAUGGAGGCUCUACAAGACAGACCUGUGCUCUACAAGUACACCCUCGAUGAGUUUGGGACGGCCCGCAGGGCUGCGGUGGUACGGGGGUUCAUCGAUGCCCUCACGCGGGGAGGUCCAGGGGGCACUCCGCGCCCCAUCGAGAUGCACUCCCACGACCCCAUGAGGUAUGUGGGAGACAUGCUUGCCUGGCUGCACCAGGCCACCGCCUCUGAGAAGGAGCAUCUGGACGCCCUCCUGAAGCAGGUUACUGUGCGAGGCGUGGAGGAGAACAUGCAGGAGGUGGUGGGGCACAUCACCGAAGGGGUCUGCCGCCCGCUAAAGGUGAGGAUCGAGCAGGUGAUUGUAGCGGAGCCUGGAGCUGUCCUGCUCUACAAAGUCUCCAACCUCCUUAAGUUCUACCACCACACCAUCAGUGCCAUUAUAGGAACCUCGGUGGCCACUCUGCUCAUCACCAUCGAAGACAUGAACGUCCUCAGUAAGAAGAUGUUCUUCAACAGCUUGAGUCUCCACGCCAGCAGACUCAUGGACAAGGUGGAGCUCCCCCCUCCCGACCUGGGCCCCACCUCCUCCCUCACCCAGACACUGGCCCUGCUGCGGGAGGUGCUGGCCUCCCACGACUCCUCCGUGGUGCCCCUGGACGCACGGCAGGCAGACUUCGCUCAGGUGCUGUCCUGUAUCCUGGACCCCCUGCUCCAGCUGUGCACCGUGUCCGCCAGUAACCUGGGCACGGCAGACAUGGCCACCUACAUGGUGAACUCCCUGUACGUCAUGAAGACCACGCUGGCCCUCUUUGAGUUCACAGACAAGAGGCUGGAGAUGCUGGAGUUCCAGAUCGAGGCUCAUCUGGACACCCUGAUCAACGAGCAGGCGUCCUUUGUGCUGAUCAGAGCCGGACUCAGCUACAUCUAUAGCUGUGUCCAGCAGCACAGCACACAGCAGGGUCCCCUCUCCACGCUCCCCGGCAUGGACACCUCUUCGCUGAAGGCAGCCAUGGUCCAGUUCGACCGCUACCUAUCGUCACCUGACGCCCUGGUGAUGCCGCAGCUCAACUUCCUGCUCAGUGCCGCCAUCAAGGACCAGAUCUUUCGCCAGUCCACUGAGCUGGUGUGUCGGGCCUACGGGGAGGUCCACUUGGCCGUCAGCAGCCCCACCAACACCUACCAGGACCUGGAGAACCUGGUGCCUCGGUCUCCCCAGCAGGUCCAGACGCUGCUCUCCUGAGAACCACCUCCACCUCCACCCAGCAGGUCCAGACGCUGCUCUCCUUAGAACCCUCUCCGCCAUCUCCUUCUCCUCAGCCUCCUCCAAACACUUCUUCCUCCUCCUCCUCCUCCUCCUCCUCCUCCCAACAGAUUGUCCUGGAACCCCUGUUCUCCACCUCCUCCUCCACAACCACAUCCCCCCUCACAUCCUCCACCUAAUGCAACCCCCGCCUACUAUAACUUCCCCUUCAUCCCCUCCGUCACCACUACCUCCUCCCCCUCUUCCUCCUCCACUACCACCUGUAGACCUGCUACAAUACACACGCCUGGACUGACGCCCUCAACUGCCACACCUGUGUAUGUUUUUUACCAUAUUAAAGUGUGUACAGCUGUACAUAAUACAAAAUAUCAGAGUCAUUGAUAUAUAGACUUCUGAUCAAGGCUCUGGGAUCUAUAUGGGAAGAAAACUCGUGCUGUGGAGUUGAAAUCCUACCGUGUUUUUGCUCCCCCUAUCCACUAUUGGCACUCAGGUGCAGCUCAUUAGCAAAUCCGAUGGGUUGACAUGAAAACCUGCAAUGGAAUUUUGAUAAUGUGGAUCUGGAAUUUCUAGGAUCAUGUUGUAUUUAUUGGUUGGUGGUUUCCGUUCUGCCGAGUCUGAGAACAACUGUCUAAGAACUGUCAGAGGUGUGUGUUUUUCCUUUAGUAUCAUACGUCAUUUUUGUCUUUAACUACACCAUGGGCCUCUAUCUUACUUCUUCUCUCUUCAUUAUGCUACUACACAUGAAAUAGGAAAAGCCUUUCCAAUCAUAAAAAUACAAUAAAAAUAAAACAUUUGCUUACCAUCA